GCAGGAGCAGUGAGAGUGCUGCUUAGCGAGUCUCCACACACACACGCACACCUACACUCACUCACAUACACAUCCACACACAUUCACACAUACACACACAUACUGAAAGCCACUGUGGUGGUUAGUCCGCUGCUGCAUGUGCCGUUGCAAUAUCAUUUUUAGGUGGGAGGAUUUUUAUGUCACGAUGAUGGUGGUGAUAACCUUGCUACCAUCAGUGAUGGGGAAGACCACCAUGUAGAGACGGAGAGGCAGCGGAGGCAACAGCAGAAUAGCAGCAAUGGGAAGCCACACAUGGAGCGGGUCUGGACUGCAGCCGUGGUGAGCCUGAGACCUACAGGACUUGCAACCCCCAUCAUUGCCCUACUCAGGACCUGACCACUGGGGCUGUCCAACGCUCACCUGGAUGCUCCCCACUUGUGUUUCAUCGCCCCCUCCUCUCUCCUCGUUCUUCGCUGCUCUUUCUCCUCUUCUUGUUUCUUCUCUUUGAUGGUUUUUGGUCUGCUGAUAUCCGACAGCCUCUCCUGAAACAGAGAAGCUGCUCAUCCCCUUGGAUUUUUCCCCCAUUUUAACCUGUGUAAAUCUGCCAACAGUACCUUCAACUGGCAUUCCUUUUUCCCUUUUUUGAUUGUCGCCUGCUUGAUACCUAUUUUGGAUUUUUUUUUCUCUCAACUCAUCUCUCUGUUGUGCAGGCUUUUUGAUUGAUCUAUAAGCAAUAACAAACACUUAUCUAACUGACUUGACUAGCCGACAUCAUGGGAGACAUGUCGAACAGCGAUUUUUAUGCCAAGAACCAAAGAAAUGACAGCGACCGGGUGGCUGGCUUCGGCUGCUCGGUCAUGGAGCUGCGCUCGUUGAUGGAGCUGCGUGGCACAGAGGCGGUGGUCAAGCUCCAGGAGGACUACGGGGAUGUGGAGGGAAUGUGCACACGACUGCAAACCUCACCCACAGAAGGUCUCACAGGUGCCCAAGCCGACCUGGACAAGAGAAAAGAAAUAUUUGGGAAAAACCUGAUACCUCCAAAGAAGCCAAAAACCUUCCUGCAGCUGGUAUGGGAGGCCCUGCAGGACGUCACCCUCAUCAUCCUGGAGGUUGCUGCACUGAUCUCCCUGGGCCUUUCCUUCUACCAGCCUCCCGGAGACAGCUCUGGAGCGUACUGUGGCGCAGCGGCAGGGGGGGGCGAGGACGAGGGCGAGGCGGAAGCUGGCUGGAUGGAGGGUGCGGCCAUCCUGUUGUCUGUGGUGUGUGUGGUGCUGGUUACCGCCUUCAAUGACUGGUCGAAGGAGAAGCAGUUCCGUGGGCUGCAGAACCGCAUCGAGCAGGAGCAGAAGUUCCAGGUGGUCCGCGGCAGCCAGGUUAUACAGCUGCCUGUGGCUGACAUAGUGGUGGGGGAUAUCGCUCAGAUCAAAUAUGGUGAUCUGCUUCCAGCUGAUGGUGUGUUGAUCCAGGGCAAUGACCUGAAGAUCGAUGAGUCAUCACUGACCGGAGAGUCAGACCACGUGAAGAAGGAAGCGAACAGGGACCCCAUGCUGUUGUCUGGGACUCAUGUGAUGGAGGGGUCAGGGCGCAUGGUGGUGACUGCCGUCGGUGAGAACUCUCAGACUGGCAUCAUCUUCACGCUGCUGGGGGCCAGCACAGAAGAAGAAGAGAAGAAAGAAAAGAAAGAUCGGGCAGCGGAAGACGGACACCGGAAUACAGACUGCUCCCAUCCCCCUAUCCACCCUAUCGCAACUAUAGCCACGGAUGGGGCUGCAGGCAUUAAUGCCCCUGGCAGUGGCAGCCUAAUUAAUGGUAAAAUGCAAGAUGGCAAUAUGGAGAGCAACCAGAUAAAAGUUAAGAAGCAGGACGGAGCAGCUGCCAUGGAGAUGCAGCCUCUGAAGAGUGCUGAAGGCGGAGAGACCGAAGAAAAAGAGAAGAAGAAGCCGUCCGUCUCGAAGAAGGAGAAGUCCGUGCUGCAGGGGAAGUUGACCAAACUGGCUGUCCAGAUUGGGAAAGCAGGUUUGCUCAUGUCGGCCAUCACGGUCAUCAUCCUGGUCCUGUACUUUGCCAUCGACAACUUUGUAUUGCAGAAGCUCCAGUGGUUGCCAGAGUGCACUCCCAUUUACAUCCAGUACUUUGUCAAGUUCUUCAUCAUCGGUGUCACUGUGUUGGUGGUGGCCGUGCCGGAGGGGCUGCCGCUGGCCGUCACCAUUUCCCUAGCGUAUUCUGUCAAGAAAAUGAUGAAAGACAACAACCUGGUGCGUCACCUGGAUGCGUGCGAAACGAUGGGCAACGCCACCGCUAUCUGCUCUGACAAGACAGGCACGCUGACCACCAACCGCAUGACGGUCGUGCAGUGUUACGUUGCAGAUGUGCACCACAAAUUAAUCCCAGACCCUGGACUUCUGCCCCCCAAAACACUCGACAUACUGGUCAAUUCCAUCGCAAUCAACAGCGCCUAUACCACCAAGAUACUGCCCCCAGAUAAGGAAGGCGGUCUGCCGAAGCAGGUGGGCAACAAGACAGAGUGCAGCCUGCUGGGAUUGGUUAUGAGCCUGAAGCGGGAUUACCAGACAGUAAGAAACCAGAUGCCAGAGGAGAAGCUUUACAAAGUCUACACCUUCAACUCUGUCAGGAAGUCCAUGAGCACCGUCAUCAAACUGCCUGAUGGGAGCUUCCGCAUGUACAGCAAAGGAGCCUCUGAGAUUGUCCUCAAAAAAUGCAGCUAUAUUCUGAACGAGGUGGGGGAGUCAAGGGUUUUCCGUCCUCGGGACAAGGACGAGAUGGUGAAGAAAGUGAUUGAGCCCAUGGCGUGUGACGGCCUGAGGACCAUCUGUGUGGGGUACCGCGACUUCUCCGGCAAUCCUGAGCCAAACUGGGAGGAUGAGAACAACAUUCUAACUGACCUCACAGCCAUCUGUGUCGUGGGGAUAGAGGAUCCCGUCAGGCCAGAGGUGCCUGAUGCCAUUCAGAGGUGCCAGCGUGCAGGCAUCACCGUGCGCAUGGUGACGGGAGACAACAUUAACACAGCCAGGGCCAUAGCUAUCAAGUGCGGCAUCAUUCACCCAGGAGAAGACUUCCUGUGUAUUGACGGCAAAGAGUUCAACAGGAGGAUCCGCAACGAGAAAGGAGAGGUGGAGCAGGAACGUAUGGACAAGGUUUGGCCUAAACUCCGAGUUCUGGCCAGAUCCUCCCCAACCGACAAACACACACUUGUCAAAGGAAUCAUUGACAGCACUAUGACAGCGCAGAGGCAGGUGGUGGCUGUGACAGGAGAUGGGACCAAUGACGGACCUGCUCUGAAGAAAGCUGACGUCGGCUUCGCCAUGGGUCUUGCUGGUACAGAUGUGGCCAAGGAAGCGUCAGAUAUCAUCCUGACCGACGACAACUUCAGCAGCAUCGUCAAGGCGGUGAUGUGGGGCCGAAACGUCUACGACAGUAUCUCCAAGUUUCUUCAGUUCCAGCUCACUGUCAACGUUGUGGCCGUCAUAGUCGCUUUCACCGGUGCCUGCAUCACACAGGACUCUCCUCUGAAGGCAGUGCAGAUGUUGUGGGUGAACCUGAUCAUGGACACUUUUGCAUCCCUGGCUCUGGCAACUGAGCCUCCCACAGAGGCUCUGCUGAAGAGGAAGCCAUACGGUCGCAACAAGCCCCUCAUCUCCAGCACCAUGACGAAGAACAUCCUGGGACACGCGAUCUACCAGCUCAUCAUCAUCUUCACUCUUCUCUUUGUUGGCGAGAAAAUCUUUGACAUCGACAGCGGCCGUAAUGCACCUCUCCACUCUCCUCCAUCUGAGCACUACACCAUCAUCUUCAACGCCUUCGUAAUGAUGCAACUGUUUAAUGAGAUAAACGCUCGAAAAAUCCACGGAGAGAGGAACGUGUUUGACGGUAUCUUCAGGAACCCCAUCUUCUGCACAAUUGUUUUUGGCACCUUCGCUGUGCAGAUUGUAAUUGUGCAGUUCGGGGGGAAGCCAUUCAGUUGUAAACCUCUGGACCUGGAAAAGUGGAUGUGGUGUGUUUUCCUCGGACUGGGAGAGCUUAUCUGGGGCCAGGUCAUAUCCACCAUACCCAACAGCAGGUUGCGUUUCCUGCGGAGGGCCGGCCAGUUGAGCAAGAAAGAUGAUUUACCAGAAGACGAUGGAAAUGAAGAUAAUGAGGAGAUUGACCACGCAGAGAGGGAGCUGAGGAGAGGGCAGAUACUCUGGUUCAGAGGACUCAAUCGUAUUCAGACUCAGAUUGAUGUAGUCAACACCUUCAAGAGUGGCACCUCCUUUCAGGGGGCGGGGGCUCUGAGACGCCAAUCAUCCACCACCAGCCAGACCCAGGAUAUCCGCGUUGUGAAUGCAUUCCGUAGCUCCCUCUAUGAAGGCCUGGAAAAACCCGAUUCCAGAACAUCCAUCCACAACUUCAUGACACACCCAGAAUUUAGGAUAGAAGACUCCACGCCCAGUAUCCCCCUCAUCGACGACACGGACGAUGACUCCGCUCGGAGGAGGAAGAUAUACUCCAGCCAGCCCUCGUCCCCCAACAAGAACAACAAUGCCAUCGACAGUGGCAUCAACCUCACCAUCGACACCAGUAAAUCGGCCGCUUCCUCCAGCCCCGCCAGCCCUCUGCACAGCCUGGAGACCAGCCUCUAACCCUGAUCCAAGACCUCAGCUCUAACCUCUCGACCGCCUCUCCUUGAAGUCUGGGUGUGCCUCCUCCUAUUUCCCUCCAGACCUUAAACCCAACCUCACACCUUAUCAACCCCCAAAUUUCCCCCAGUUCCAGCUGAAUUUUGCUCCUCCAGCCCCCUCAGACCCCAAUUUACCACCUACGCAGGACAGGUCCUGUGGCAACGUGUCCGUCCCCCUUAAGCUUGAGCUCUUAAAGCUCUCCGUUCCUCUCGAAAUGGAGAAAAUCUAAAGUAAUACAGCAAGGUGAAAAAAAAACUAACUAGCAUACAAUCAAAAAAGCGCAGCAAAGCCACAAAUCCUACACAGCCAUCCUGCUUUAAUGGUUGUAUGUGUACAGUGGCGGCAGUGGUGGUUUGUAUGACUAUAUGCGUGUUAGCAUGUACUGUAUAAGCGUGCCGCUGACUGCACAUGUGUAUGAACUGUGUCCCUCGUGGCACCGGGAGGAGACGAUAAGGAGGGAGACACUGCUGAGGAGUGAAAACCACAAAACAGGACAGACUUUCAAACUCCGCUCACACUCCCUCUCCUCAACAACAACAUUGUCAAUACUGAUUAUAGUUUAAAUUAAAUUGAAGAGCAUUGUUAUUAUUCUGAUUCUGAUUAUUAUUGUUAUUAUUAUUGUUGCUCCUGCAUGAAUGUACAUUACCCAAGUUUUAUUUAAAAGGGGUUUUAAUUUUAUUGGGGUUCUUUGGUUCUGAUGGGCUUCGGGCCUCGCGGCGAACUACUACUUUAAAGACGGCUUCUCUGAGCUCCCGGCCUGCGAAGUCCCCUCGUCUGUGUGGCAUGAACAUGUACCCGCCUGUAAAAAUUUCUUUCAUACAUAGACACAGAUAUGUGUAAGGAGGUGGUAGGGCUCAACUUGCACAGUUUAGUUUUGCACCUGUCGGAAAGAGAGGAACACAAAAUAAUGAUGACGAUAGCAUUUAUGGGAUAUAUUCUAUAAAUAUAAAUACAUAUAAAUAUAUUUAGAGAGAGUUUUAUCUUUGUUUGUCGGCAUGUUGCCUUGUUCCUGCUUCAAUGGCUCGAAAUACUUUGACUUAUUUAUGUCUUAAAGAGAAUGUAAUUUGUUUACAACCUCGUAGAGAUAAACUUCCUGGUUUCUAGACGGAGGGAGGCGAAGCCGACGCUCAGAAGGACCAGAGCUGUGUUGGUGUGUUAUUACUGAAAAACCAUGUGCUGGAAUUUGCCUGCUAUCUUGUCAAAUAAUGUAGAUAUUUUUAGAGGAUUAACAAACGAAAAAGAAACCAAAAUAUAAUGGGAUACGUAGUAAAUGUGGAAUCUUAGUAUAACUCUAUAUGAUUGUUGAGAUCAAGUUGGAGUGGCCUGCCUUUGGUUUUUCUAAACGGAGGCCUCCUAUUUUGUGACAGAGGGGGAAAUAUUUAGCUCUUUUUUUCACUUCUACUUCUUCUUUUCUUUUUUUAUUGUGUUUUUUUCUUCUGUGCUUCAGCGCUGGCCUGGCUCAGGGCUCGAGUCAAAAGCUGAUAUCAGGACCCUUAAAGUGAACUGUCUCCGUUUGUUAAAAGGACUUGAUGUUUUACAAAUUCUGUGUGAUCAUCACAAGGCUGCAAUCGAGUCAUAUUAGAAAUUUACAUUUGGAUUCUCUGCAUCGCACGUAAAUCUGAUUUUUUUUUGUUUGGUUUAAAUUUGAAAAUAUUGUGCUGUUUAUCUUAUAUUUUUUAUUUAAUUUUGAUUUAUUUCGUGAAUAGUUUUUCCUCUAGCAGACGGACACGUGCAGCCUCACAAAGCUCUUGGCAUUUUUAACAUCUCAAAAAGAAAAAGGAAAAACUGACCAAAAAAAAAUUACAACAAAAAUGGAAUGUUGCUUUGACUCUUUUUUUCUAUAUAUAUAUACAAAAAAAGACGUUCCUUUUCUGCACUAUCUGGUUAUGAAUGAAAACUUCUGUGGUGUAAUUCUAGAUGUGCUUUUAUGUGUUUUAACCAAGCUUGUCUUCCUGCCGUCACAGAAUAUUCCAGUACUCUAGCAUCUCGACUGUACUCACUAGUUGUGAACUAUUUAUCGUGCUUUGACCAAUCAGACAUUACCAGAGAGAGGUUCCAUACAGAGGGCACAUUUACCCAGUCUUAUUGCACUCAGAAGGACAAGGCCACUUAACUAGUCUGUACUAUUGUUAUUUCUAGUACUAACCCAAGUCAUUGGCAAGCAUGACGUGAUAGGCUCAUUAUGCAACUAGAAAAAAACGUACAAUUUUUCUACUUAAAAAAAUCCUAUAUACUACAACAGUAUGUACAAUCAUUUAUCUGAGCAAUUCUAUCUUUUCUUUCUAUUUUUUUUUAUAUCCUCCUCCUCUGUCAUUCCCCAUCGGAUCAGUUCAUCUGGAGAGGGUGCACAAGCUUUACCAGUCAGCUCAGGCGUGUUGAAAACGUUGACAUGGACCAUUUGAAUAAAAAUCUGUCUUAUUUAAGUUGGAAAAACACCAGUCUGGAUUCUGAUAUUCUGCUUAGAAGCUGAUUUUAGUUUUUUUUUUCCUUUUUCCAAUGUUUUAACUUGACAAUUUAUUUGUUUAUUUGUCUGUACAAAAACAAGAAAAACAAUAAACAAAAAAAACAAAAACACAUUACAAUCGCGGUUGCAGCAGCAUUUUCAAUUGAAAAAGAAAAGAAAGACUGAAGCCAACAUUCUCGAAACCACUUUUACAUCCAAGAGGACGUUCAGCUUUAAGAGGAUGCAAAGACGCAGAGUUUGAAAAUAAUCUUUGUAAAUAUACAGCAAUGACAAACUCUAUGCGGACUGGUGUGAAAACAGGAAACUCUUCCUGACUCCGUCUCCCAUCAUGCACCAUCAUGAGUCUUACUGCCGAAGCAGCUGAUUGGCUGUGUGCGAUCGAUCACUGCUCCUGUCAGAACCACUUCAAAAAGCUCGUGAUUACGUUCGAAUGAAAACACACGUUCUGUAACAACCAGUGAUUAUGUUGACGAUGACGUCGCUGAUGAUGAUGAUGAUGAUGAUGACCAUGAUGAUGCUGAUGAUGAUAAUGAUGAUAUCAAUGAUACUUUUUGCAAUAUACUCUCACCUGCCUCGAUGUACUGUAUUUAGCAGCAUGCAGUUUGUGGAACAAAGAAAAAGAGAAAUGCCAACAGAUAACACUUUGGCAUACCAUUUAUGGGUAAGUGAUUUAAGUGUUCAUCUUGUUUUUAUGAUAUUUUUUUUAUCUAUACAAUAAUUGUAAAUAAAGAACUCAAUGUCUUUGUUCAUUUAAUACUAUGCAAAAAGUCAUGCUUUUCUGAUUGUUACCCACCCCUAACCCUGAGCGUGUUGCUGGAAUGUUUAUGGUCUCAAAAGUCAGUAAAAACAAUGUGAUGUAAAUUAUUUUCUAGCUCGAGGAAAAACGUUCAAUGAUUAUUAUAAUGGUAUCAUGAGGGUGAUGAUGAUGAUGAUGAUGAUAUUUAAUGGUGGUGACGGUGAUGAUGCUGAUGCUGAUGAUCAUGAUGAACUGUGACUCUUGCUGCUUGACUGUCCCAUUUACUCCACUCCUGACAGGAGCGCAAGUGAAAAACAUAAUAAAAAACCAAAAAAAUGAAAAAUUCACUUAAUAAAUCUCCCAGAGCAGCAUGACCCAG